UAGCGAGGAGUUUUUUUUUUUUUCCUUACUUUUUUUUUUCUCCUCAUAUUACUUUUUUUUUUUUUUUUUUAAACUAACGGAUUAUUAUUGUUGUUGUUUUAAAUUUAGCUCCCCGGGCUGAGCUGUUUGGAUUUCGCUCGCGCUGUCCCGGCUCCCCGGCUCGUCCGGCCGCCGCCUGCGCCCCUCGCUCGGCUCAGCCCCGGGGAGCGCGGCGGGGUCCGGGGCCGCGGGGGACCGCGCCGUCCGCCUCCUCCGCCGCCUCCGCGCGCUCGGCUGCUCGCAGCCCUCCGGGCCGGGCCGGGCAGGGCAGAGAACCGAAAGCGAUCGUGCUCGGCGGCACCCAACGCGCCCCAGCCCCAGCGCCCAGCCACCCGGCCGGUCACCCAGCCGGCCCGGCCAGGCCGCGGCGGCCGCCCGGCACAACAACCAGGAUGUUCGCCGCCGGGCUGGCCCCCUUCUACGCCUCCAACUUCAGCCUCUGGUCGGCCGCCUACUGCACGUCGGCCGGCCCGGGCGGCUGCUCCUUCCCGCUGGACCCCGCCGGGGUCAAGAAGCCGUCCUUCUGCAUCGCCGACAUUCUGCACGCCGGCGUGGGCGAGCCGGGGGCCGCCCCGGAGGGCCUGGCGGGGGCCUCGGCCGCCGCGCUCACCGCGCACUUGGGCUCGGCGCACCCGCACGCCUCCUUCCCGGCCGCCGCCACCGCCAGGUCCCCGCUGCGACCCACCCCAGUGGUGGCGCCCCCCGACGUUCCGGCUGGCUUCCCGCAGCGGCUGUCCCCGCUCCAGGCGGCCUACCACCACCACCACCCCCCGCAGCCGCCGCCGCAGCCCCAGCCACAGCCCCAGCGGUCGUCCCGGGCCGGCGCCCUGCAGCCCCUGGCGCCCGCGGCGCGCGGGGUCCCGAACCCGCACCCCGGCGGCUUGGUCCCGGCCCCCUCCAGCAAGGACCUCAAAUUUGGAAUUGACCGCAUCUUGUCUGCAGAAUUCGACCCCAAAGUCAAGGAAGGCAACACGCUGAGAGACCUCACCUCCCUGCUGACAGGUGGACGGCCUACAGGGGUGCACCUCGCAGGCCUGCAGCCUUCCACUGGCCAGUUCUUCACGUCUCUAGAUCCCAUUAACGAGGCUUCCGCCAUCCUGAGUCCUUUAAGCUCCAACCCCAGAAAUUCAGUUCAGCAUCAGUUUCAAGACACGUUUCCAGGUCCCUAUGCCGUGCUCACCAAGGACACCAUGCCGCAGACAUACAAGAGAAAGCGCUCUUGGUCAAGGGCAGUCUUCUCCAACCUGCAGAGGAAAGGUCUGGAGAAGAGGUUUGAGAUUCAGAAGUACGUGACCAAACCCGAUCGAAAGCAGCUGGCGGCCAUGCUGGGCCUCACAGAUGCCCAGGUGAAGGUGUGGUUCCAGAACCGGCGCAUGAAGUGGAGACACUCCAAGGAGGCCCAGGCGCAGAAGGACAAGGACAAGGAGGCAGGCGAGAAGCCUCCGGGGGUGGUGCCGGCAGAGGACCUUGAACGGGAGGAACGCAGCCUCAGCCACUCGGAGGGCGAGGUAGAGAGUGACAGCAGCGACUCCGAGUCCCUGGACAUGGCCCCCAGCGACUCGGAGAGGACUGAGGGCACUGAGCGGCCACUGCACCCCACCACCGUCAUCAAGGCCUCGACGGGCACCCUGCUACCCACCAGUGGCUUCAGCUUCAGUGGCCCAGGCGUGGGCAGUGCCAGCAGUCUGGGCGGCGGCAGCUCCCCUGAGCUACUCCCAACACCCCAGCCCAUCCUCAGCAGUGCCCCCAAAAGCCCUGAGCCCGCCCAGGUGCCGAUUGGCAGCCUAUAGACAGAGCCCAGGCGCAGGCCCCCGGGCUGCAUGGACUUGGCCAGCCUGUGGGUGUGGACUGGAUUUAUACUGACUUGGGUGCCGGCACACGAGUCUCAGCUGAGGCCGGAGUGGCUUCCCCAGCUUCGUGUAUGCACUGCAGAUAGCUCAGGGGUUCAGGACUUCCCCCAAAGAACACCUCUCUGCGAUGCAAGCCACGCACACUGUGAAGUGUUUGACAAACUGCUCUCCUGCAUGGUUCUGCACAAGGAGGCCUCCGACUUGUAAAUAAAAUGUGUCCUAUGAUUCCUAAA